AUGCCAACGCCAGCUUCCUCAGCCCCGCGCCGCUCCCUCCUUCCGGGCCACGAGAUCAGGAAGUACAGCCUCCCUCAGUUUCCAUGGCAACAGAAGGGCGCCGCGCACGCCAAAGGAGUCCUAGGCAUGAUUUCGGGGCAGCGGCAGCUCGCCUGGGAGCUCACAGAGGCGCAAAAACGGAACUCGUUCGGAUCAUGCCAGGAGCGGGAAGUUUUCCCUUUUUCUUAUGCUCCAGACCGCUUGGGCAAUGAGUAUGUCCCCAUUAAAGGUCAUCCCAAUCGCGGACCUGGGGCUUAUAACAAUGCAGAGAGAAACACCCUUAUAUAUAAUCUGGCUCACAGACCGGUGAGCAUUAAGGGUUACAGCAUGGGAGCAAGAACAAAUCCACGUUUUAGAAUCAUUGGCAAGCAUGUGGUUCCUGACCCUACAGUCUACCAAGGGGAUCACAGCAAAGAGCAAAAGCGCCAGCCUGCAUUUGCUCCAUUUGGCAGACGCUCACCACGAUUUUCAGACUACCUUCUGCCCAAAGAGUGUUUCCCUGGACCUGGAACCUAUGAUCCAGACCGGUUGCCACACAAGCAUGUCACUUGGCCAGGGAGAUUUGGGCCUCCAGAUUGGGCAUUAAUACCAAUGCCAGAAAAAAGAACUUUCAAAGCUGAGCUGCUUACAGACAAAGAAUUCAAGAAGCACCGGAACCUGGUGGCAUACCUGAGCCUAUACUACAGUGACUGAUCCUUUUGACUUGAGUCUUUCCUGUCCUGUAUAUUUAACCACUCAUUUUCCCUUUUGCUGCUUACAAAAAUGUUCUUAAUUUUAUUCAGUAGGCUGCUUCAUAAAGCUCUUCUGAAUGUAUCACACCUUCCUAAUUUGAUUGUCUGGUUAAAAGUAUUCACUGAUUUUAUAUAAAAUAUUCACAACCAUAGAGCUUGUAAGAUACCAUCAGAAGUCAGGAUGGUGGUGAUUUGCAGUUGCUGUGCCAACCCUUCAGUUUCUUUUCCACAAAAUACAGAAGUCAGUCCUACUGUUUGCUGUCAGGGUAGGCAAACACUGAUCAGUGCUCAGGUACCCAUUUAUUCAUUCUUAUUUUGUGUGCCAAUUUUAAAAUACCUUGCCAACACAUUGAAGCUUGAAGUUGAGGUCACAGUGCCCAUAAAAUACAUGCCAGAGGUGUUACUGGAACAAAACAACCUGGUGAGGUACCAGGAUCACCUGCUUCACCUCCUUAGCCAUCUCCCCUCUUAACUCUUUUACUGCUGAAAAAUAUGCAUUCCUCUCUAUACACACAUAAACACAAAUUGCUUUCCCUCUUGGCUGGGCAAAUGGCACAGGAUUGCUUCAUAUCUAGUUCCCCGGAAAACAUGAUUCCCAUUGUGAGAGGGAUUCUGAUGUUUUGUUUUCUCUUCCUCCUUUAGCAGCUGUGAAGUGGAGAUGUUUUUACUUGCAAAGUUCUUGGUGAUGUCCAAACAUGAAUUAGGAACAAGCCAAGAAACCAUGGUUUGAUCCAACUUUACUUGUGUUUAACCACAGCUCAAAUACUUCAUAAUUAUCCAAACCCUGACAUCACAAUUCAUUUAAAAUUGAAAGCAGAUCUAUCUGAAGGGAAAUGGGAUAUAGAGUGUAUGUGAUUUGAACAUGCAAGGCCAAGCCUCUCCAUGACUUGCUUUCAUAUAAGGAACCCAUUGGUUUUUUUCUGUUAUGUAUGACCUAAGACAGAUGCACUGUACUAGGAGCAUAGAUUUGCAAUCCCCACCUGAAAAAAGCAUCCAGCAUAAGAUAAUUUUCAUGGGAAACCUUGUAGACUUAUCCAUACAGUCUAUUCCUUGUGUCUAUCUUUACUGUGGGAAGAAACGCAUAGGAGAUGUGCUGUUAUGUUCAUAUUGCAUUGCUUGAGGCUUAGAACUAGACUACAUCAAUCUGUGAGCUACUGCUGCUUCUUUCACUGUAAAAAAUACUUUCACAUUUGGAUUGGCCUAAUUUUUCUCCUGUUCAGCACAACAAGUUUUGUUAUUGAUGUUUUGUCAUUUUUUUCUUUGU